UGUGGGAGAGAGGGAGAGGAGUGAUCACGCUGGAUUGAGCUGCGCUCUGAGCUGAGCUGUCCACAGCAGAGGGUGCUGCAUGUGGAUUCAUACCUUGCAGGAUUGGUCAGUCCGGACAGGGGUAUAACCCCCCCAUCCCAUCCCCCACCCCUACCCAGGAGCAGAGGAAGAGGAAGUGUUCUUGCUCCCUCACUGGAUCUGUGUAACUUUCAGGCAGAAGAGGUCUCUCUCUCUCUCUGCCUGAACUGAAAGUCCUUCAUCACUUCGCAAAUUCAUCUUUUUCUUCUCUGUGUUGUUGGCGAGGAACUUUCUUCAACUGAAGCAGUGGUGUGGAGCGGCUGUUCCACUGCCGAAGUGCUUUCUCUCCAUCUCUAGCUUUAACCCUCUUUCCAGCCUGCUCUGAAGCACGUGUGUGUGUGUGUGAAAAAGACAGAGGGGAAAAGAAGCAGGCGGAGGGGGGGGCUGUGUUUACAGCGACCCGCAGGAGGCUGGGGGGGGCUGCCGGCUCCGCUCCAGUGACACCCCCUGCAGGAUGGCUGGAUGCACAGCGCGAUGCAAGCAGGGGCUCAUCAAGUUCAUCCAGUCCCUGCAGCGCUUUGUCUCCGGGACACUCAUCAAAGAUAAGGUGGAUGAUGAGCUGGAGAUGACCAUGGUGUGUCACCGGCCAGAGGGGUUGGAGCAGCUGGAAGCCCAGACCAACUUCACCAAGAGAGAGUUGCAAGUGCUGUACCGUGGUUUCAAGAACGAGUGUCCGAGUGGCGUAGUGAAUGAGGAGACCUUUAAACAGAUAUACUCUCAGUUCUUUCCUCAUGGAGAUGCCAGCACAUAUGCGCAUUAUCUCUUCAAUGCCUUUGACUCCACCCACAAUGGUUCCAUCAAGUUUGAGGAUUUUGUCAUGGGUCUCUCUAUCCUGCUGAGGGGGACAGUAAGGGAGAAACUGCAAUGGACCUUCAACCUGUAUGAUAUUAACAGAGACGGCUACAUCAGCAAGGAGGAAAUGACACAGAUUGUGACAGCCAUCUAUGACAUGAUGGGGAAGUAUACCUAUCCCGCGCUUAAAGGAGACGUACCAAGGCAACAUGUGGACGCUUUCUUUCAGAAAAUGGACAAGAACAAAGAUGGAGUGGUCACUUUGGAGGAGUUCAUUUUAGCCUGUCAGGAGGAUGAAACCAUGAUGAGAUCCCUGCAGCUCUUUGAGAAUGUUAUGUAGGACACGAGGGAGUGGAGAGGGGGGAGUAAAUGCAGACUAUGGCAUGCAUGUAGGAACCUGGAGGAUUUAACCCCCAAUUAACCCAGCAGGGCUCAGAGGUGUCCUCUGUGUGUGUGAGAGAGUGUGUGUGUAUGCAUACACGUGUAAAAGUGUGU